CUUGGAUUUCAUUCUCCGUUGUCGAUAAAUUGGUUGGAGCAAGAAAAGUUCUUUUGUCUAUCCCUCUUCUCUCUAAUGAUUUCGUUACUUAUUUUACCAGAUUUAUUUACCCUUUAUCAAUUACCAAAAAAACACUUGAUAAAUAUGCAAGAAGUUCUUGAAUGGCCUUGGUAUACAAUCAGCAAGACAAAGGACGAACUUUCUCUUUUACUUCCUUCUCAAAUCAAUCCUAGUUUCCUUCAAGAUAAUGUUGCUAAAGUGGAAGAAAACUGGCGUGCUUUACAAGUGGAUGCACAGAUGGAUUUUGGCCUUGUUGGUAUUCUAGCAUCUAUUAUUAAUCCUUUACGUGAUAAUGGUAUUCCUAUCUUUUGUAUUUCUACCUUCAAUACAGACUAUGUGUUGGUGAAGCAAGACUCUUUCGAAAAUGCUAUUGGUGUAUUGACUGCUGCGCCUGGUAUUGUGGUUAAGUCUGGACUCUCAGUAAUGGAUGAAUAAUUGGUAAAAAAAUUACAAACUUCUUAUAUACAAUAGACUUGACUGUUUUAUUUCUUUGAUGAUAAUAUUAAUAAUAAUAAAAAAAGAUCCAAUUCAUUUUUCGACUAUGUCUAUGUAUUGUUACGCGUAACUACAGAAUGUCAAUACAUCCAUAUUAUCCUCGGCACUUGGAACUAAACGAUUAUCAACCCAACCAACGAACCAGCAUACAAUUGUUACUUACAGUAGGGAGUAUUGUGGGCACAAUACUCAUUGGAUCCUUCUAUGCAGCAAAACGACAAAGACAACAUGUCAAGAACUC